AUGGCACCAGCUCAGGGCUACAAAUUCAAAACUCUCAGUAUCAAGGAGUUACACCCCACAUUUGGAGCUGAAGUAUCAGGACUUGACUUCUCUCAAAACAUACCGGAUGAUGCCUUUGAGGAGAUCUUGAAGGCAAUGGCCAAGUACGGAGUGUGCGUCUUUCGUAGAACUGGACUGGACGACACUGGUCAUGUAGAGUUCUCACGCCGCUUUGGAGAGCUCGACGACAUCAGACCUUAUCUCACACCCGGUCGCAAACUCCGCUACCAGCAUCUUGAGCUUUUUGAUGCUGGAAAUAUUGAUGACAAUGGCAACGUACACGAACCUGACAGCGCUAGAGCUCAAUAUAAUAAGGGAAAUGGGCUUUUCCAUGUCGAUUCAUCUUUCAAUCCACGACGGGCAUCCUACUCGAUUCUUCGAGCAGUCGUCCUUCCGCCUCCAGAAGCUGGCGGCAACACCGAUUUCACUGACACCCGUGCCGCCUUCGCGGAUCUUCCUGAAGAUCUCAAGGAAACUCUCAUAAAGAAAAAUUAUGUUGUAGCUCACUCUUUACACCACUCGCGCAAGAUCGCUGCUCCAGAGUUUUUCAAAGACGUUGACCCCACAUCGUUCAAGAUGAGCAAGCACUACCUCAUCCAACAACAUGAAACAUCUGGCCGCAUGAAUCUCUAUGUAGCUGCGCAUGCGCAUCAUAUCGAGGGAUUGUCGGCCGAAGAGUCGAGUCAACUUUUGAAGCAGCUCAUGGACCAUGCAACGCAGGAGAAAUAUCAAAUGAGCGUUCAGUGGAGGAAUGUGGGCGACUUUGUUAUUUGGGAUAACACUGCUGUUAUGCAUAGGGCCGGGAAGAUGACUGGACGAUUUCCCAGGGACAUGCGUAGAACCACAGUGCAUGAUAAUAGUUCGCACGCGUGGGGCCUGAAUCAAGAGGGAGAGAAGAACCCGGGGUGGUCUUCACGAACUGAGAAAUAUUCAUUUGGUCUAAGAACGACGUGUCUCCAGACAGUUCGUAGUAUCGUACUCACUAUCGGCAAUUCAAGCGAUAACUCCUGGCGAUGA